AUCAGUCCUUUUGAACAGAUUAAAGAGAUGAUGGGGAGGCCGGUCUUGGGACAUCCUCCUUCUACUGUGUUUUCUACCUCAUACCUUCUCUGAUAGUUGACAUUGCUGUGCUGGUUUGGCUGGUGACAAAACGGUGUGCGCUUUUGGACGACCUGCUUUCGCCUCUCCACUCUGCAGAAAAGGGAAGGACAUGAAUUCGUCUUUUACAGAGUUCAGGGGAAACAUCUCCUGUUUGAAGUCCAACAGCUCUGAUAUCUUCAAACAUCAAGUGUAUCCUGCAGCAUACAUACUCAUUUUUGUCCUGGGACUCGUCGGUCAUUCUUUAUCCAUCUGCGUCUUCUACAGCCAAUGGAGGACUCAGAAGAGUUUCACUCCGGUCAGCGUGUUAAUGGUGAACCUGUUAGUAUCGGACCUGAUGCUGGUGUCCUCUCUGCCCCUGAGGGUCUCGUACUACAUGCUGGACUCACACUGGAUCUUCGGUAACAUCACCUGUCGAGUAAUCUCAUACGUGUUUUAUCUUAAUAUGUACAGCUCUGUUUAUUUCCUAGUGGCUCUGAAUAUCUUGCGUUAUCUGGCGCUGGUGCGACCGUACCUAUACAUACGCAUACAGACUCACUACGUCGCAGGAAUCGUGUGUGCUCUCAUUUGGCUCUUUAUGGGUUUAGCCUGCAGUCCACUGUUGUUCACUCAAAAAAAAAAUCACGACCCAAAUAGUUUUCGAUGUUUGGAGCUGGCGGAGAGCAACGUGGACCAACUGCUUCUUAUAAACAACGUUACGUUUCCAGUGGGCUUUGUUUUUCCUUUGGUUGCUGUCAUUUUUUGCUCUGUCUUGGUUGCAAAGAAUCUUCUAAGGCCUAGCCCUGCACUCGGCAGGACCAGACCUUGCAGGAAGAAAGCUUGCGCUUUGGUCAUCAUCAGCCUUGGGAUCUUUCUGGUGUGUUUUAUGCCCUAUCACAUAGUGCGGACAAUCUUCUUAACAACUGAAAAGGACAUCCAGACGAAUGUAUACAAGGACUCAUGUGACUUUGUUUUGAUAGUCCGAAAGGUUGCCGUCAUAGCGCAUUGCCUAUGCACGGCUAACAGUUGUCUGGACCCUAUCCUCUUCUUCUUCGUUGGGGAAAAUUCCAGAUCAUUCUUCGCCAAAUGGACAGGAGGAAGAAAAAAAAUCACUUAUACUGCAGGGAGAAACCCACAGCAGAAAGAGUUACAGGUUUUGCAGAAGUAAAUGGAAAAUGGCCGAACAGAUAACAAAGAACAGACCAGAAGGACCUCAUUCUUUUGUGUACUUUAUAAAUAGAUGUAUAACACACAAAGGUCAUGUAUAUACUGAAUGGCCUUUGAAGAUGUUUACACUGAUUGUGACUAGAGGAAUAUUCUGGAUUCAUUGCAAGUUGGGCUCAAUCAACAAAAUUUCGAUUUAUGUAAAUUAAUUUUGACUGCUCCCUCUUUUAAAAAGCCCAGAAAAGUAGUAAGGACAUUGUUAAAAUAGUCUGUGACAUCAGUGGUUCAACUGAAAUUUGAUGAAGCUAUGAGAAAACCAAAAUAAUGACUUCAUUCAACAAUUUCUUCUCUUCUGUGUCAGUCUUCAUUGCGUUUUCUCAGGAGUACCAUGAUGCACGCGUGUGCGUCUUUGCGCGCAAACUUUUAUCGUAGCUUCAUGGACUAUUUUAACGAUGUCCUUACUACCUUUCUGGGUCUUGAACGUGGCAGAUGCAUUGCUGUCUAUGCAGGGUCAGAAAGCUUUUGGAUUUCAUCAAAAAUAUCUUAAUUGGCGUUUUGAAGAAAGUCAGGUUUGGAACGGCAUGAGGGUGAAUAAUAAAUUACAUAUUUUUCAUUUUUGGGUGAACUAUACCUUUAAAAUAGGCUUCUAGGCUUCUCACAGUUUCAGUAGAAUAGCCACUAGACUUAAGUAAUAUGCGUUUUAACAUGAUUUCAAUGUAAAGAGGGAAAAAAAUACUCUGUAUUCAGUUUAACAACUUUCUCACGAUGACACCGCAAUGCCAUAAACCCUAAAAUGACCAUAAAAACGAUGAGAACAACUUUGCAACUUAAACAGGUUUUAACAGAAUACUAAUGCCUAGUUUCACAGACAAGGUGUAAACCUAGUCUAGACUAAUAAUGCAUGUUUGAACUGUCUUAACUGAAAGGAAACUGCACUAAUAUACCUUAAAACAUACCUGCGAGCACCCCCAACACUACAUGUUUUCUAUGUCUCCCUCAUCUAUCACACCUGAUUCAACUCAUCAGCUCAUUAGUAGAGACACCAAGACCUGAAAUGGGUGUGUCAGAUAUGAGAGACCUACAAAAUAUGCAGCGUUAGGGGUGCUCGCAGGACCGGUUUGAAAACCACUACCUUAAAAUGUCAUUGUGCUAUGUGCCAUCAAUUUGUAUCAAGAUGCACACCAGUAUAUCUUUUCUUAUUCUAGGGCACGAUUAAAACCAAAAAAGGACUUAAAUGGCCUAAUUUAACUAAGGCCUUAUCCUGGUUUAAUCUAAGCCCUGUAUGUAAAACCAAGGGAGUGAUGCCUUAUUAACCACAUCACAAAGCCUGUAGAAAUUGGCCCUAUUGUAAUGGUGAGUUUAACUCAUGUCGGAAAGAUUUAAGAGCUGUUGGAGAGUUUACACACAUUGAGUGUGAAACUCGGGAUUUUUCUUUUCUUUUUUUUUUUUUGUAGAAAAUUGGCAUCUCGCUACGAUCUUAAAAUUUGAACGCACCUUAAAUUGUAAUUACGACUUACGAAAUCAUUAAUACUAAGUUCCCAGAAGGACUUUUAAGUGCCGCUGCCACACCUUUACCUCAGGUUUUUUUUUUGUUUUUUUUUUUAAAUAAAUGAGAACAAUGCUGUCGAUUGAGUUUGUAAUGGACCCGUUAUUUAUGUCACUGUGCUCUUCCCCGAUAACAAUGUCCAAUUCUGUCAGGUGGUGGAUUACUGUACUUCCAUUGUGUUUGUCGAGUUGUAUAGCUGUUCAUUCGCAUAAAGUUUAACUAUGUAGCUUAGCCAUUGAUUGCUUUCACUAGCAGUCACUUGCUCUCUAAAAGGGAAACGAUUGCAAGUCACUUUUUGUUUACUGUAAUUCACUAUUAGUGCAAACACCGCCUCAGUAUUCAAUGCUAAUCAUGUUAAUAUUUACACAGGGCUGUUAUGUCCGUAGGUGUGUGCUAUAUCAUGAAUUGUUUUCAUUGUAUAAUCUUCAAUUAAAAUUGUUUUGCUCAGUACUGAUGGUUUCACUUCUCUGCAGAGUCCCAUGAUAAAGUCUGCGCAAUCAGGAAGCACAAGUAAAGCUGGCAAACCAUGUGGCUUCCUGCAUACACCUGCUCGCUGCGCACAUUCAUCUUUUUAAGUUUCCAUAGUGAAACAUUUGUGUUUUGUGGUAGAUAUCGGAGUUGUUUAUUUGUCGUCAGAUUCAUCAGAGGAAGCUCGGUUUUGUGUGGUGAAUAUCAUGUUAUCUUCAUCACGUCUGCACACCCUUCCACUGUUCAUGCUCGGAGUGAAACUGGCUUUAAAACUUUUUUGCGGGGUUGGGUUGUUUAUAGUUACGAUAUAUUAAGUGUCUUGCUCACUGGUCAGAUUUAAUUAGAAAAGCAUGCAUCCCAUGCAUAUUGCAUUGGGCAACACUUUUUUUUUUAAACAUGCCAUACCUAGAGAUGUCAAGGAAACGGUAUUGACCGCAAUUAUGUUUCGUUGAAACAUAAACAUUGAACUGCUUCCUCUUUCAUUUUAUCCAUAAAUGGAAGUAUUAUCACUAUUGUUCCCUUGCUAAAGCUCCUCCCAUUAUGUUGCAUACUGCGCAACUGAAGUACAUUAGAAACGUCCUCAGCAUCAACACAGGUUGAGCCUCAAAGUCUUGUGUGAGGGUUUUUUUUUUUUUUUUGGGUAGCUGUCUGUUG